AUGGGAUUUGUGAGCCUGACAUUGGAGGAAGCACGCAUGAUCAAUCAUGACACCAAGGAGCUGAAAUUCAAAGUGCCUGGGGAUGGAGCCAUCAGCGGACUGAGCCCUGUGUCAUCGCUCCUCACCCGCCACACAGCUCCUGGCUCUUGGUUUCCAACCUUCCGUCCAUACACACCCAUCAGCACACCAGACAGCCCAUAUAUAACCCUCCUUGUCAAGCAGUACCCGAACGGCCGUGCUUCGACACAUAUCCAUAAUCUUACUCCUGGCCAAACGCUGAACGUCAAGGCCAUUCCUGAAUUCUCCUAUAAGCCCAACCAGCACAAGCACCUCGUCCUCGUGGCCGGCGGCGCAGGCAUCACACCCAUGUUCCAGGCGCUGCGCACUGUCCUUGAGAACCCUGAAGACAAGACUCGUGUAAAUUUGAUCUAUGCCAACAAGACCGAAGCAGAUAUUCUCAUUAGGAAAGAGCUCGAUGCUUUGGCAACUCAGCAUUCCGACCGUUUCACGACAACAUAUGUGGUCAAUGAUACCGAAUCUACGGACAAGAGCCUGGAAAAGGGUUAUGUGACUAAGCGGAUUCUUAGCAAGGUGCUACCUGCCCAGUUGAACGGCGAUGAUGUUAAAGUCUUGGUAUGUGGUCCGCCUGCUAUGUUGGACGCGAUUGCCGGUGCCAAGGGCGGUCGUGGUUGGACGCAGGGAAGGCUAGGAGGCAUACUGAAGGAUCUGGGCUUGACGGAGAAGCAAGUGCAUAAAUUUUAG